AUGCCCUUCCUCACGGUGUGGAACGCUCCCACUUCCAACUGUCUGUCACAGUUCGACAUCGACCUGGACCUGGGCAUAUUCAACAUCGUGCAGAACCAGAACCAGGUCUUCUUGGGCGAUAACAUCACCAUUUUCUAUGCUGACAAACUUGGCCUGUAUCCCAGGUACAACGGUAACGAGGGAACGCCAGUCAAUGGAGGAGUGCCUCAAAACUCAAGCCUGGACAAACAUCUCAGAGCUGCUUCUGACGACAUCAGAGUCGCCAUCCCUCGCUCGGACUUCCAAGGUCUGGCAGUGGUUGACUGGGAAAGCUGGCGCCCCGUUUGGGAAAGGAACUGGGACGCCAAGCAGGUCUACUGGAAAGGUUCUCGAGCUGUGGUCCGUGCCGAACAUCCCGACUGGAGUCCAGAACAAGUAGAAACAGCUGCUAGGAUUGAGUUUGAGAAAUCCGCUCAAAAGUUUAUGGAAGAGACGUUGAGAUUAGGGCACAGAGAGAGGCCCGAUGGUCUGUGGGGUUUUUACGGAUUUCCGAACUGCUACAACUACUUCAAAGGCAGCAACUACACGGGGGAGUGUCCGGAGGUCGAUCGGAAAAGGAACGAUGAGUUGUUUUGGUUGUGGAACGCGUCCUCUGCCUUGUAUCCGGACAUUUACCUUAGUUUGCCGCUCCAGGAUAUGGAUAAGGAAGUGUAUCUGUACAGUCACCAUCGUAUCCUGGAGGCCAUGAGGGUGGCGGCCCAGGCUACUCCCCAAGCCCCCGCUGUGUUCCCCUACGCCCGCAUUGUCUACACAUACUCAUUCAAGUUUCUCUCAAAGGAUCAUCUCGUGUUCACCAUUGGAGAAAGUGCUGCAUUAGGAGCGGCUGGGGUCGUUCUUUGGGGAGAACAUCUUUUCUCAAAAUCUAAGGCCCAAUGUGAGGACAUCAAAUCCUACAUCGACGAAACCCUGGGUCCGUACCUGGUGAAUGUGACCUCCGCCGCCGCCCUGUGCAGUCAGACGCUCUGCUCUUCCCGCGGCCGCUGUAGCCGCCGCAGCCCGAGCUCCGGGGUCUUCCUCCAUCUGGACCCAGAGGCGUGGAAGAUCCAGUCCUACAAGAGGCCCACAGGACGAGGGAGGGACUAUAAGGUCCUGGGCCAGCUUAGGUCUCGAGAGGUGGCGCUGAUGAAGGGAAAGUUUAGAUGUAACUGUUAUGCCGGCUGGAGAGGAGCGAGGUGCGCCAAACGGACAAAGGACUCUUCGCUUUGA